CGGUGCAGCGCGCACGCUGGAACCGCAAUCCCCACCACCUGGUCUAUACCCGACCAUAGAGAGAGAGUGAGAGAGAGUGAGAGAGAGUGAGAGACAGACGCGGCGCUGCGAAACCACUGCCCUCCCGCUUACUGCUGGAUGCGCUUUACACGCUCUGUUAUUAUAACGCAGCGCUGCCGAGUGAAGUACAGCAAGCGAGCGCCGCACAAACAAACUGUAUAAUUGCAAGCGAGGAGGAUUUUAUAUUGGCGGAUAAAUUAAUCACACGUAACCCGUGUGCACCAAAAAUAUUAAGUCAUGAUGAGCCGCAGGGUUGUCCGUCAGAGCAAGUUCCGCCAUGUUUUUGGACAGCCGCUUAAAGCCGACCAAUCGUACGAGGAUAUCCGGGUUUCCAAGGUGACGUGGGACAGCUCGUUCUGCGCCGUGAACCCCAAGUUCGUGGCGAUCAUCGUGGAGUCGAGCGGGGGAGGGGCCAUCCUCGCUCUGCCGCUUUGCAAGACAGGGCGUGUGGAUAAGAACUACCCUCUCAUCAUUGGUCACUCGGGACCUGUCCUGGAUGUUGAUUGGUGCCCUCACAAUGACAACAUUCUCGCCAGCGGGUCCGAGGACUGCUCUGUGAUGGUGUGGCAGAUCCCGGAUCACACUCCCUUGCGGCCGAUCUCCGAACCCAUCGUCACACUGGAGGGGCACUCCAAGAGGGUGGGGAUAGUCACGUGGCACCCCACCGCGCGCAACGUCUUGCUGACUGCAGGGAGCGACAAUGUGAUAAUAAUCUGGAACGUGGGUACAGGGGAGCCCCUCGUCUCUCUGGACAAUCACCCCGACCUCAUCUACAACGUCAGCUGGAACCGCAACGGCAGCAUGUUCUGCACCACCUGCAAGGACAAGAAGGUGCGGGUGGUGGACCCGCGCAAGGGGGAGAUCAUCGCGGAGAACGAGAAGGCGCACGAAGGCUCUCGUCCAAUGAGAGGCCUGUUCCUAAGUGACGGGAAAGUGUUCACCACGGGAUUCAGCAGAACGAGCGAGCGACAGCUAGCACUGUGGGACCCGGAGAAGCAAACCCCUCACGAGGGGAUCAGGCCCAUGAGGGCCAUUUUCACACGAGAGGGAUACAUCUUCACCACCGGCUUCACCCGUAUGAGCCAGAGGGAGCUGGGGCUGUGGGAUCCGACGAACUUCGAUGAGCCGAUCUCACUCCUGGAAAUGGACACCAGCAACGGAGUUCUGCUCCCCUUCUACGACGCAGACACCAGCAUUGUGUACCUCUGCGGGAAGGGCGACAGCAGCAUCCGGUACUUUGAGAUCACAGACGAGCCUCCCUACGUGCAUUACCUCAGCACAUACAGCAGCAAGGAACCACAGAGGGGCAUGGGCUUCAUGCCAAAGAGGGGUCUGGAUGUCAGCAAGUGUGAGAUUGCCAGGUUGUACAAACUCCACGAGAGGAAGUGUGAGCCCAUCACAAUGACAGUGCCACGAAAGUCGGACCUGUUCCAGGAUGACCUGUACCCCGACACGGCGGGCCCCGAGCCGGCCCUCGAGGUGGAGGAGUGGGUGGAGGGGAGGGACGGGGAGCCCGUGCUGGUGUCCCUGCGUGACGGCUACGUGCCGCUCAAGAACCGCGAGCUGAAGGUGGUGAAGAAGAACGUCCUGGACAGCCGGCCCCCGCCUCGUCGCAGCAUGUCCUCCUGCGACGGCAGCUUCACGCAGCAGGUGACUCUUGAAAAGCUGCUGGAUGAGAUUCAGUCUCUGAAGGCGACGGUUCAGUCCCAGGAAAAGCGAAUCUGCGACCUGGAAAACAAGCUUUCCAAAUUUACCAACGGCACGGCCUGAAGCCAGGCGGGAUCCUUCCUCCCUCCUUCCUUCUCCUCUUCUUCCUUCUCUUCUUCUUCUUCCUUCCCAAUCUCUCGCUCUCUCUCUCUCGUGGACGGCACAGUAUCAGCCAGAGCCAGGACCGGCAGCUCUGUUCCGCGAGAGCCAGACCGGGUCUUUGCUCCAACCAGGUCAUGAGAAGUUUGUGUGGAAUAAUUCAGUGCAGGGUUACCAACGUCAGGACCCGUGGGCCGUUUUUAAGGACUGUUUUUAAUUUUUUAAAUUUUAAUUAUUAUUUUUAAAUUCCCUCUUAAGGGCGAUGGCUUGUUAACUGUACCAAAAAAGCAUGUUCAUCUAGAAAUCUCAAAUUUGACUUAAAUAUAUAUACACACAUACUUUUUUUUUUUGUGCCAGCACAUUUUAUUUCUAGAUUUAAACUUCAAACACAUCACAAUUCAUGCAUCACAUUGCAACUUAUAAAAGAUGCACAUCGGAUCCAAACCCUGGACUGGAAUAACUUUCAAGGAAUGAGGCUCCCAAGCUGUGCCGAUUUCCAGGCCUGGUUGAAUUGAAAUCCUGGUCUGGCCUCUCAAAGACUGGAGCUUCCCAUCCCUGAGCUAUCCCUGCCCCUAUGUACAGAACGUGGAUACUGGACUGCAAUACCUGAUCAGAAGUCAAUCAACAAAUAUAUUGUAAAUAUUGCAAAAAACAAAAAAAGUACAUAAAACUAGAAGUCUGCAUAAACAGUGUUUUUGGCGUCCUGCAGAACUUGGAUGAAACAGACAGAACCGUGUUUUUGAGAGUUCUCCACACUAGACUGGCAGUACAGUCCUCCUGCAGCUCUGUGUCAUGAAGACAGUGUGUCAGCCCUGCCUGAACAACUUAACUGAUGUGUUUUAAAAAAAAAAAAAAGUGUUUUAAACAAAUAUUUUAUAAGAACA